AUGGCGUUCGUGGUGGCGAGGCCGUCGGAGAUUUUGGUGAUCACCGGCUACCGGAUCAAGGACGUGAAGUUGGCGAGGAAGGCGUGGGUAUGGCCCGGCCAGCACUGCUCCAGGGUCAAGACCUCUCCCGUCAACUACUCCGUGGAGGUCCAGGCCAUGAGCUCCGAGAAGCUCCGCUUCCUGCUGCCUGCCGUCUUCACCAUCGGACCUCGCCUGGACGACAACGAGAGCCUGCUGAGGUACGCCAAGGUCAUGCCACUGGCCAGCAAGAACUUCGCCAAGCACCUGGAAGACUUGGUUUUGGGCAUCGUGAUGGGGGAGACCAGGGUGGUGGCGGCUUCCAUGACCAUGGAGGAGAUUUUCAAGGGGACCAAGGAGUUCAAGAGGGAGGUGUUCGAGAAGGUGCAGCUGGAGCUCAACCAGUUCGGGCUCCACAUCUACAACGCCAACGUGAAGCAACUCAGGGACAUCGAGGGCUGCAACUACUUCUACAACCUCGGCCGGAAAAUCCAGAUGGAGGCCGCCUCCGACGUCGCCGAGACGGAGACGAAGGGCCGGAUCCUGUCCAAGGCCCGAGAGGCCCGGGUGCUCCAGAACGCUGCCAAACUCGACAGUGAGACGAAGAUUGCCGAGGAGAGGAUGAAAUUCGAGUCGUCGAAGGCAGCGAUGAAGAUGGCGUCGGAGAAGGAGAUCCUCCAGAACGAGAUGGACGCGUCAGUGGCUGAGUCCGCCUGGUUGCUCGAGUCCCGCAGGGCCGUGUCCCAGGGCCGGGCCGACAAGGCCAGGCUCGAGGCCGAGAAGGCCAUGGCGAUCCGGGAGGCAGAGCUGGACGUGGAGCUCGAGUCUAAGGCGGCGAUGGUAAAAGGGGAGCGUGCCAGGGCGCAGGCGGCGGUGGAUUCGGCGGCGAGGGCGCAGGAAGCCGACUCCAGGUACUACCAGCAGCAGAAGAAAGCCGACGCCCAGCGCUAUGCAGAGGAGAAGGAGGCCGAAGCAAAAAAACUUGCCGCCGACGCGGAGAUGUACGCCAACCAGAGGAAAGCGGACGCCGAUCUAUACAGGAAGAUGAGGGAAGCUGAAUCCUUGGUCGCCCUCUCCGACGCGCAGGCCCACCACAUACAGGUACUGCUGGACGCACUGGGCGGUAACUACGGCGCGUUGAGGGACUACAUCAUGCUCCAGAACGGCCUCUACAGGGAGGUCGCGAGGUCCCUUGGUGGUGGGCUGCCUCAUGACUCCGCCGUCAAGCAGGCAUGCCUGAUGAGGAGGGCAGCGGGGGCGCCAACACAGAUGCUGGUCGGCUACGGCGGAUCGGGCGGCAACAUUCCCGAUGGCAGCUUAUCGUCCGUCAACGACGUGCUGAACGUUGCGAUGGAGACGAUGGUGGGGACGUACAAGAUGACGGCGCCGGUGGUAGAGGAGCAUGUGCAAGAUAACAAGGGUGACGAGGUCAAACCGGCGUUGGUUGUGCCUGAACCUGAUUCAGACGCCAAGUCCACCACCAGCAGCAACUGA